AAUUCAAUUUGAGUGAAGAAACAAAAUCAAGCACAAAAAUGGCAAGCCACCAAAAUCAGGAUUUGAGCCACAAGGCAGGCGAGUUGACUGGUCAAGCUCAGGUAAAGAAAGAUGAGUUUCUAAACCAGGCAUCAAAUAUGUCUCAAUCUGUCCAGAAUAAGGCAUCAGAUAUGUCUCAAUCUGUCCAGAAUAAGGCAUCAAAUGCGUCUCAGUCUGUCCAGGAGAAGGCAUCAAAUGCAUCUGAAUCUACCCAGAACAAGGCAUCAAAUGCAUCUCAGUCUGCCCAAAACAAGGCAUCAGAUGCAUCUCACACUGCCCAAGACAUCAAGGACCAAGCCACCCAUCUCCUUCAACAGUUAAGUUGA